CCAUUUUGGGUUACAGUGCAUUUGAACUUAUUAAGAGUAGAUUGAAAUUCAAAGCAAAUAACAUCCAGAAAAUCCUACCCAUCCUCAAUAAUCUAUUAGCAGCACACCAAACAUGGAAGCCUCAGCUGCACUAAGCAGUAGAGGAAUUUCACUUGUAAAACACCAAUGCUUUUCAACUUCUACAGAUUUAAUCUAUGGAACUAGGGUUUUGCAGGUUAAAUCUAUGGCUACCCAGAAGCCUAACUCAUCUUCAACCACCACCAAAACUAUUGGCUCUAAAAAGGGUACAACAGCGAUUCCUAUAGGCUCGAAAAACAGCUCUUCAUCAACCGGCUCUUCAGUGAAGCUGCUGACAAGGGUGGAGCAACUGAGAUUGCUCACAAAAGCAGAGAAAGCAGGGCUAUUGUCAACCGCAGAGAAAGCUGGGUUGUCACUAUCGACAAUUGAGCAACUCGGUCUGCUGUCUAAAGCCGAAGAGCUAGGUGUUUUAUCAGCAGUGACAAAUCCAGAAACUCCAUCAACCCUUUUAACACUAAGUCUAUUGCUCUUGCUUCUCGGUCCUGCUUUCGUAUUUCUGUUACCUGAGGACGCCACCUGGGAAGUCGUUGUCCAAGUGUUGGUCGCAGUGGUUAGUGUCGUUGGAGGAUCUGCGGCUUUUGCUGCUUCAAAUCUUGUCGGAAGCCUGCAGAAAAUCAAAUGAUUUUGGUAUAGAUAUAAUACAUUGGUCUAUAUUUGCCCAAAACUUGAACAACGCCUCUGCUGAGAGAUCGUCUUUAUUAAGAGACGUCUCUCUAGGCCUAGGCCCAACAAAUAAAAAAAAAUUUAAAAACUGACGCGUGUGAUUGAUCUUAUUUGGAGUUAGUGUUAUAACCUAUUAAAAUUGGUAUUAGGAGUUGAUGUUAAAACCUAUUAAAGUUGGUAUUAUAACAUAUUUGGAGAUACCAACUCUAAUAGGUUAUAAUACCAACUGCAAUAAGUUAUAAUACUAACUUCAAAUAGGAUUACACAGUGCACGUUCUUCUGAUAGUUAUUUUUUUUAUUAAUAAUGGUUUGGCCCAUUAGAGACGCAUUUUUUAUAAAGAUGGUCUCAAGUAAGAAUUUGUGUUAGCCCAAUAUUCUAUUUGCAAGUUCCUUGAUUGUUGGUUUAUGUUGAAAA